UAAAAUUGAAAAAACCAUGGGCGUAUGGUAAGGUUAGGUUGGUUUUAGGGCUUGGAGAAGUCAGUUUUAGCUGAUUAAAAAGCCGUUACCUAUCAGCAAAUGCCAAAAGCCAAAACCCACCAGAGCCAGGCCUGAACCAACUUUCCCCGUAUAUAUAUGUAUAGAUACAACGCACUUCCCACCGUGAUCACUAUCAGUAUUAUUAAUAUUAGGUUUUUAAGUCUCAAAACUUAGAUCCUUUCGUUUUCUCCGCUCCCAAGCUCCCUCAGAGUUAAGAUGACGACUGUGAGCCUUACUUCCCCUUGUAUUGUUAAAGCUGCAAUCCCCCAUCGAUUUACAAGUGGUAUUGUCAAGGCCCCAACAUCUCUUGGAUCUGUUACGAGCAUUUCUAAAUCUUUUGGCUUGAAAUGUUCUUCCAAGUACAGAACCCCGAUGGCAAUGUACAAGAUUAAGCUUGUAGGACCAAAUGGUGAGGUGAGCGAGUUUGAAGCCCCUGAUGAUCAAUACAUUUUAGAUGCAGCUGAGGAGGCAGGAUUAGACCUGCCCUAUUCAUGCAGGGCUGGAGCUUGCUCCACAUGUGCUGGGAAGAUGAUUUCAGGUUCAGUGGAUCAAUCAGACGGUUCCUUCCUUGACGAAAAACAAAUGAAGGAGGGUUAUCUGCUGACUUGUGUUUCAUACCCAACCUCAGACUGUGAGAUUCACACUCACAAGGAAGGUGAUCUCUACUAAGUAAUUUGUGGUCAGAAAUGAGUAGGGUGUCUCAAGUUUGUUGUCUAGAACUCUUAUUUAAAUUUACUUUCAGUGAGGGUAAAUGCUCUGACGGACAGUUUGUUGUCUAGUGUUCUUUGUAACGGUUGUGGCUGAAUGUCAUAUCAGUUUAGAAUUUCAAUCAUAUUUGUGGAUUCCCAUAGUUGAA